GGAAUUUGCCAAAUGAAGAGAUAGGAUGAUUGAAAUGGCGUCAGUCACUAUACGUGGCUGCGCCUUCGGCGCUGUGACUCUGCUGAACUUUGCGUUUGUUUUUAUUUCCGGCGCGGACUUUAUUCACUUUAUAUCAUUCAAAACCAUAUACUACAACAUCACAGGAGAGACGAUACUGUGUCAAGACUCCAUCCCGUGGUCUGCGGCCCUGCAGGAUGCCUCUGUCCUCCGGUCUGUAGCUGUGGAUGUUGCUCUGCUGGGUCUGUUCAUCGUACAGCACAGUCUGCUGGCCUGGUCACCUGUCAAAAAGGUUCUGCAGUCAGCGCUGGGUUCAUUGAACAGGACAUUUUACUGCUUCACCACCGCGCUGGCUCUACAGAUCCUAAUGAGAUGUUGGCAGCCUGUGACUAGUGCCCCCUGUCUGUGGUCAGUGCGUCAUGCACCGUGGAGUGUGUGGUUCCCUCUGCUCUGUUUCACUUUGCACUUCCUGUGCUGGGCCAUCAUCUGCAGCAUCCUGUUGAUCUUCGAUUAUCCAGAGCUGCUGGGCAUCAAGCAGGUUUAUUACGAGUUCCUGGGACUAGGAGAGCCCGUGUCCUACAAGUCAGCCCCUGCUCAGCGUUUCCUGUCUCACCUGCGCCACCCAGUGUGCCUGGAGCUGGCCGUGGUGCUGUGGUUCCUGCCUGCACUGUCAUUGGACCGACUGCUGCUAGCUGGGUCUCUGUCCACCUACCUAGCUGUCGCCCACUCUCUGGACAAACAGGAUUUAGCAUACCUCUGCGUCCAGAUUAAGAGCAAAGUGCAGCUCCUGGCUGAGCCACAGCAGGGGGGCGCUGACGCCACCAACUGGACCCACAAGGAGAAGUGAUAUUAAUGUGUCUUUUUUUUUUAAUGUAGAAUUGUCCGUUACUGCUAUUAUUAACACAAACCAGACACUGAUAAUGCACGGGAUUACACCACUGUAUUCAUUUCUGCUUCUGCAAAAUGAAACUCAAUCUGAGUGAAAUAUUUUUGAAACAAUAUUCAGACUUUUAUGUCCACUGCAUAUGAACUUUUAUAGAGAAUAUUUCAUUUAAAAAAUAUAUUUUUACACCAGAAAUGUGUGAUUUACACCAAUUUCUGAAAAUAGUAAGAUUUAAGAGUUAAUAUUAAAAUUCCUACCAUUCAAUAUAUAAUAAGCCUUUCUUUAAAUUUUUUGUACACAUGUAUUUCAAAAAGAACUGUCCAUGGAAACGAAUAUUAAAAUUUCACACUAA